AGCUAUACAGCGAGAAUUAUCUAUAGUCCUAAGUGAUAAAUUAGCCUUUACCUACCUUUGCUCUAUUUUUAAAAACCUAUAACUCUUUGUAUAUACUCUAAAUUUACUCAGAAUGGCUGAUACCGUAGUGGACGCCCCCAAAGAGGUAAAUCCCAAGGACCUGAAAGAGAAAGCUCUGGAGGAGACUGAGAAGAAAGAGAACGGCAGCGGAGACGCGCCUGCAAAUGGAACAGAGGAAGAGAAUGGAAAUGAGCACACAGAUGAGAAUGCAGAGGAAGUAGAUGAGGAAGAGGAGGAAGAGGAAGAUGCUGAGGGUGAAGGUGAAGAAGAGGAUGGUGAAGAGGAAGAGGGUGCUGAGGAGGAGGAAGAUACAGAUGGACAUGCAGUGAAGCGUCCAGCUGAGGAGCAGGGUGAAGUUGAAAAGAAGAGGCAAAAGUCAGAAAAUGGAGAGUCGACAGAACCCAAGGCAGAAGCUUAAACAUUCCUUUGUUUGAAUUUUUAUAUCUUGAUGGUGUGGUCAGGUUCACUUUGUAAAGGUUGUGCUUUUUAAAAAAUGUACAUUUGCAGUGUGUGGAUUUUAUACUGUACUGUACAACUGGUUCCUGUAACACCUGUCCAAGACAUUGCUCUCGGGAAUAUUUGUUUUUUAUGAAGUUAUUUAUUAAUGGUCUUUGUACAACCACAUUUGUAAUGGGUUUGAAUGCUGUAAUAAAUGUUUUUCAGGUCUGUUUUGAAAUGGGUUUACAACUUGGAUUUGUACAUUUUAGAAGCACAUGCUUUACAUUUGACUGACCAUGUUCUUAUUUCAAGAAAAUAAAUAACUGCCCUUUUUUUCUUUUUGUAAAUUGUGUUUAGGGUAGAGCUUCUUAUGCAAUGAAGACCAAAGAUAUAGGUCUUGUUAACAGGGCAGGGGGGUGGGGGCAAAUAAACCUGGUCUUCUAUUCUGUACAAAAAUACAAAAAUGUAACAAAAAAAUUUAGCUUUCUUCAAGCUCCACAAUUUGUCGCUGUUUGAUAUUGUUUGUGGUGCAAAAACAAAACUUCCAGCAAAAAAUUGACAGGUUCAAUUUGUAAAUUUCUUUUUGAACUCAUUGUAACCUAUGCUUAAAACCCUGUAUGUGGUUUUAAAAAGUAAUUUGAUUAAGUAGCAUCAUUCUUUCCAUAUUGAACAAGGUUAAAUUUGUAUACCUCAUUAGUUCAUGCUUGACCACUACUUUGUAUAUUCUGGUUAAGUACUAUAAAUAAAUCUUUUGGGUUUUUUAAAAACA